GCCAGGCCUGGCUGGCUGGCUGGAAAGGCUCCUCCAGCUCAGUGUGUGUUGUAAGUGGUGUGGUGACGGAUGGAUCUUUGCCGCCGUUGGUUGUGUAGGUGAUGAAGGCCCGCGGAAUGACGACCACAACGAGGCCUACUAUGGCUCCCUUUUCAGUAGGCCUACGUUGUGAUGGUGCAUCACCACCAUCGCUUCGGCUAAUGUUGGUGAUGACGAUGUUCCUAGCUGUGAUAUUCUACCCCCAAGGUAUGGUGGCUCAGGGGGUAGACCGUGUUGGUGCUGGUGGGUUAACAGCUAAUGCUCGAUCACUGAGUACAGGCCUGCUAAAUGCUUUUGUGAGUGCCACCCAGUUAGAAGGCUCACCAUCCCAAGCUGCUGAAUCGCAAACACCAGCAACAGUACCACCUACAAGAUUUAGAUUUGAAAAACCUAAGAGCCGAACUUCCUCACGCAUCACUUAUAUUCCACAGGAUCGAGUGGAGCGUCGUAGAAAGCCACUGUUACCCUUCCCUGGUGCUUCUUUUACCUCUGCAACAACUUCACAACCAAAAAUUACUGCUCCUGCAAAAGCAGAAGCCACUUCAAACUUCCGAUUCACGACACCAACACCUACAAAUUCUAAACCAUCAAUAGACAAUACAUUUUCUGAUGGUAAUUAUGAUGAUUACUAUUACUAUGAUUACUACUAUGAUGACUACGAUAAUGAAACAAAUGGUCAGGAUAAAGCCCUUAGUAAUCUUGGACCUUUGGAUCCCCCAACUCAUUUUACCCGCUCAACAGAACCUAGUACUCGAGCCACUGAGGCUGGCACACAGAGGCCCUUCAGAUUUUCUGCAGGGGACCAAACCACCAGACGGCCCACUUUACCAAGUAGGAGAGAUCGCCCUACCCCAAGUAGUGGCUCUGGCUCUUCUGGUCGUUACUCAUUAUCUGAACUUAUAGCUAAUUUGAAAGAUCAAGUUCAGUCAGAUCCAGAACCCCCACUUACCAACAGCUUGUCAAAUACCAGUAAUAAUGAUCGGGAUGCUCGUGUCUUCUUUGAAACUACACCAACUAAGACUGUUAACACCAAUAAAGAGGUUACCGAUAAUGAUUUUGAGGUACGUGUCACGAAUUCAACAGAAAGUUCUGUAGUAGUUGCCUCUGUUCAAACUUCUCACAGUGUAAGUGUUAGUGAAGGUUUUGGUCCAACAACUAAGCUGCCUCCUUUUGCUGCAUUUACAACUACAACACCACAAACUACUACAGUGGAAUCCCUAGAAACCACAACCCGACGUUCAUUGUCUGAUAUCCAUGAAACUGUGGAUGCAUCCCCAGCACUAAUUAGUGGCACUUCAUCACCUAACCCUCCAAGGCAACACAAGCGUUUGGAAGAUCUUUUCCCUAACUUUAACGAUGACUUCACAAACCCAGAAAAAGAUGAGAAACUUGGCUUACUUGUAACAACAACAAGUGAAGUUCCACCAAAGCCUCGUGUAGAAACUCUUUUCAAUAUUGAAAUUAAUACGAAAAAUCAAACUGUAACAGCUACUGAUGUGAAAUUAGAUAGCCUGUUUGAUGAUACCGCCUCAGUUAAUAUUGCAGAUUUCCUUCCAUCUGGCUACAAUGAGACAGAAGAUAUUAAAGAUGAAACAACAACUACAUCAUCUACAAGUACUUCUACAACUACCACUACCACCCCUACCACUACAUCAUUAUCAUCUUCAACCUCAACAGUUCCAAAAUUAGAAACUGAGAAUCUGUUUGAAAGUUCUCUUAGUUCUGAUAUAUCCUCAUUCGUUCCUCAAGACUAUAAACCAACUGAAGAAUCACUUGUGGAGCCUCCUGAAGCUAGUGAGGAUGAAUCUGCUGCAACAUCAUCAUCGUCAACAACAACAAGUACUUCUACAACUACCACUACCACAACAACUACUGCUACUACCACCACAACUGCCUCUACUACUGAAGCAUCUGCAUCAGAAACCCCCAAAGAUAGCGUACUAGAUUCCAUACCUCUUGUUGACGUAUCAUCUUUCUUGCCUCCAGGUUUUAAACCUUCUGAAGACACUGAACCUUCAGAAGAGCCCACAGUGGAUACUUCUGUCUCCUCUGUGGAACCGGUUGGUCCUCCAGUUCCAGAGAAGAAUCUGCCAAUUGUGAAAACAGUUGACAUUUCAGCUUUCCUACCACCUGGAUAUAAACCUUCACCAGAUCCUCCUGCAGAGACCACCACUAAGAAGGUUCCUGUCAUACAGACUGUAGACCUAUCUGCAUUCUUGCCCCCUGGGUACAAUCUAACUGAAGUACCUUCUGAAGGAACUACAAAAGAGACUUCUGAUGUUCCAUUAGUUGAUGUUUCAGAUUUCCUUCCUCCAGGUUAUAAGCCAUCUGAGGAGCCUUCUGUUGAUACAACAACUGUAAAAAUCCCUGUUGUUAAAACAUUAGAUGUGUCAGACUUUCUUCCACCUGGUUAUAAUCCUGACAAAGUGCCUGAUGAUGGAGAAGCAUCAUCGUCAUCUACCACAUCGACUACAACUGAGGCAACAACCACAACAACAGACAGUGCACCAAAGGGUAUCGUUUUUCCACGAAGACCAGGUGGCCGACCUUCGUAUUUAACAACGCCCAAAUCUUCUCCACAAACACCUUCUGGACCUGCACCAUUAAAACCCACUUUCAAGAACAUCUGGGAUUCUGUUCGAUCAACAACAGAGUUUACAGGCUGGAAAAUAACUACAGAAGCUGCACCAGUUAGACCAGCUCCAAAGAAUGGAGGAAGUGGGGAUUCGACAACUACAUCAACAACUACUUCUACCACCACCACAACCACUACAACAACCACCACUACAACUGCAAGUCCCAGGUCCACUACACCAGGUGUUUGUGGACCCAAGUGUCGCUUAACAGCAACACUUAGAAUUAUUGAUGGCACAGAGUGGCGUCCAGAGUUGGCCAACAGAGAUACAAUUGAAUGGCAGGAGUUAGCUAAUACAGUGACAAUAGAGCUCGAUUCACUGUAUCGUCGCAGCGAACUUGGACCCUACUAUGAUCGGGUUGAAAUUGAUUCUUUUAACCCAGGAUCUGUGUUAGUGGAUUACAUUCUCCAUCUUACUGAUUUGGCAGAAGCUGUAGAUACUUCAGACUUGAAGGAUAUACUUAAUAAAGAAAUGGCUGAUAACGAAAACUUUUUCCUUGGAAAUUAUACUCUUGAUCCUAAAUCAACAGAUUUCAUUGUUAUGCAAGAAAAACAACAAAUAAAGGAGAAUACUGACAGUGGAUACCUCAUCCCUCAGUGGUUAAUUGCAGUCAUUGUCAUUGGACUGGCAUCUCUUCUAUUCAUAUUGAUAUUUGGAAUCACUGUGUAUGUGAAUCGUACCUGUACUACUGUGAAACCAGCCAACAUCCCCUUAACUGAAGACAUCCUCAACGAGUGUGAUCUUGUAAACCGUGCACGUGUGAAGAAGAGGCAUGAUGUUCCCUUGACUGCUGAAAUGCUCAAUGAAUUGAAUAAAGCUCAUCAUAUGGGUGGUGUUGAUAACUAUGCCAUGGAUGGUCUUUACGACAUGGAAGAUAUUUGGAAUGAAAAGGUUGACAGAAGAGCAAUGAAGCCACCAUCCAGCAAAGGAAGAGGUUACAACCCAAAUUACAAUAUCAACAUAUAUGAUUCAUGGCGUACUGACUGGUCUGGCCCUUAUGGUUCUUCUGCAACUUAUGCCAAACGACGUCCAGAUACAAACUUCUGACAUGAGGAUUCUCAAGAGGAAGACAUUGAAGACUUUUAGAUUGGGGCUGCAUCUUGAUUCCGAGAAGCACAGUGAUGCCAUUGAAAUACACUCUAAUCCUCAACUGACUUCUGUGAAAAAAAAAAUCUGUCAGACUAUCUUUUAUUGAGACCAAAGACUAUUUGAUGGCCUCACCCAAGAUGUUUCUUGGAAUUGACGUUAAGCUCAGCAGUAUAAUGUUGAGUAAUGCCCCUAUGUAGAGCCAGCACUACCCUCAUGCCUCCACUUCAGGAAACAUUUUUAUACAACUGUUAAGUUUAUCAAAGUCUAUCGUUUUGAUGACUUAGGGAAGUGUUGCACUCUAUAUAAGCUAAUAGUCUUCAGUAUAAUUGUGUUCAUCACCACUACUUCCUUCAGUUAACUUUCUUCCAACUUGUCUUAAUGCUUAAGUGCUAAAACCCUUCCUACCUCCCAUUCUCGCUUCCUGGUCUACACUCAUAGUACUAUGUGCAAAACUUGAUACAUUUAUCAAUUCAUGCUAAUAGUAUUCUUGACUUGAAAGUAAUUUCAGAUGCCUUUAAUGAUGGUGAACAGAGUUAUGUCUCCUUUUGGGAAUAAUACUGUACUAUCUCAUCUUGAGUAUUUAAAAUUUGGAAACAAACUAAAAUAUGAAAAUCAAGAACUGUUAUUUCAAUUCUCAGUGAAUUUUAAUAUAAUUGUUUAUAUAUUUUUGAAGAUACUGUAGAGCUUUUAGGAAUAUCUUUAGGCCCUGACCAUUGUGUGCCAGACUCCAAACUUCGCACAAACUUAGUUGUCCAUGAAACGAACCAUCAAAGAACUGUGAUAUCUAUUAUAAGUACAGUAUUUGAAUUUGGUGUCCCCUAAUUUUAUUUUGAAUUUAAUUUUGAGUAACUAUCAUACAGUAUCAAUACACACUAGAUAUUUAAAGCAAGAAGGUGCACUGAGCAAAAAGCAUUUUGGGAGUUUUUACCUGUCGAGCUCAACACAGAAUGGUCAGCAAUAAAUCAGAAGAAUCACCACUGAUAAGUGUUGAAUGUUCAACAAAUAUAUUUUGUUGUGUUAUAUAUGUAUGAUUUCGUGCUGUAAUUUUAGUGAAUUUGAGGCAUACAUAUUGCUUGCAAAGCAGAUAUAGAUUUGGUAUUCUCAUAGUUCAUAGAUAUCUCUUUAUGUAUAGAUUACUAAUAAUAUUUAUACCAUGUACAUUUUUUUCAUUUUAGUGGCAUUCACUCUAUUCAUAUGAAUGAAAGAUAGUGUGAUUAUGUAUGUAUGGGAAACUAGCAAAUCCUCCUCAGUGAUAAUAUAUUGUAACUCGGACACCAGUAUUUAAUGCUACUUUUCAGUUUCUUUGCCAGAGCAAUUAUGUUACAAAUGCGUAAAAAUAUUUCACUUUAGAUUUUCAAAAAAUUCUUGGUGCUUGCACAGUACAGUAUAUAUUAAGGUAUUUUACUAAAAAUUAUUCUUCCUGUAAGUAAAAAAAAAAAAAUAUAUAUAUAUAUAUAUAUAUAUAUACAGGCAGGCCCCGGUUAUCAGCGGAGGUUCUGUUCUCAGCAGGAUGCUGAUAAGCGAAAACCACCAUUAACCGAAACUCGGCAAUUAAUAGUGCCAAGUUUCGGUUAAUGGCGCCACAAAUCGCUGAUUUUAUGGUGCUAGAUAAGCACCAUAAAAUUGGAUUGCCAUUAACCGAGACCGCUGAUAACUGGGGACUGCCUGUAUAAGAGUAAACAUUGUAAUUAAAGAAAAUUUAAUUGUACAUUUAGGAUAUGUUUUACAUUGUCUAAGGUGUUUAGUUUCCUUUUUUCAAAGUGUGAGAGGUAAGUGUGCAAAGUCUAGUCUGGAUGGAUGUGUGAAUGCUCCAUUUUACAUGUCAGAUUCUGUAGAAUCUUAAGUGUUAAGCUAAUAAAAAAAAUUUAUAACCUGCUAGGUGUGACUUUUGAUAUUCAAAAUAGUUAUUUUUUUUUAUAUUGUUUUACAACUUUCAUAAAACUGAUGCCUAUUUAAGGCUGAUUGUGCUAAUUGUCAUACUUUUUUUUAUAUUACUAUUAUACAGAACUGACAGUGUUUGUACAUUUGUAAAAUAGCUGAUUUUACACUCCAUGCUGCCUUCCCUAAGGGCAGGUUGCAUCAAAGGGGCCAAGGUUUCUUAAUAAAUACACUUUGAUGAAAA